AUGGCUUCGGCGCAACAUUCACCUAGGCACAGUUAUGAUUUCAGAUCUGAAGAAUCAAUUCGUUUAGGAAUCUCCAGUCCAAAACUAGCUAAUAUACAUCUUAGUAAAAAUUACGAUAGAAAGAUUAUUAUUUUAUUGAUCGUUGCUCCAAUUUGUAUUCUGUUAUUUACUUGUAUUCCAGUUUUUGUGGACUUUCAUGGUGUUGCUGCAGACAUAUAUCGGUUCUCGGAACCUAUAAUUUCACUUCCGUUGCAAUAUAUUAUUAUGACGACAUCCGAAGUGUUUAAUGAUCAAACACAAGAGGGUCGAAAUUUUAUAUCUGGUUUAACCGAACGUGAAUUUCUAAAUAUAUGGUUCUUGAUAGGCGCAGCACUUUAUGCACAAGGUGCCGGAAUGCAUUCGACAGCAAUUAUAGCCAAACACUCGAUCAAAGAUGUUAUCUCAGCACAUCCGGAAAUUGUACAACAAUAUCCUGUAAUUAAUGACGUCCUUUAUUAUUUUCGACAUGAUCUUGAACAUACUGCUGGACAUUAUAUAUACGCGGUAGGAUUUGUAAUAAUAACUUGGGCACAAAUUUUCGCAUAUCGUAGACAAAGACAUGAUGGAAUAGAUUCAUUAAAAGGAACACUAUGGUGGAUAGCAGGGGGAGUAUUAUUUGGGUUAUUACAUGGGCUAGUUGCAAUUGAAUUUCCCAGUGGACCUUUAGUAAUAUUAAUUUAUGUAUUACUAGUUGGAAGUUUUCUUGCACUUUACUUGUAUAGAUUUAAAAAUUUGUUUACUAAAGGAAGAAGAUUGGUAUUACAAUCUUAUUUAAUUGGUUAUACAGUAGCUCUUGUAAUUAUUUUAAUUUGGAUUGCUGCUGUACGUGGAAUUAAAGAUAGGAGUUCUGCUGGGUUAUUUGCUGAUUGA